AAGCUGAAACAGCACAAAAUUCCGAGGCACGCUAUCACGUGUUAUACGGCCACUCGCGGAGCAGAUAAAAGGAGGAAAGUUUCGCAUUCACAGGCAUCCUCACCGAGGCUGUAAGAAACCGCGAUGCAAUUGACUUCACUGCCUAGCAGUGCAAGGGAAGUGAUCAAGAAUACCCCAACGAAUCGCGAAUACUGUGGAUUAGAUGUCUGAAGCCGAAUCAAUCGCAACUGCACAUCUAUGAACUGCAUCGUACGUCACAAGCACGCUGACUUGAGCUUCAAGAUGAAGUGUGUUGCGGUGGAGAGUGAACGGGUCUUCGGGGACCUGAUCAUCACCCAACAGAACGCGAGAUUCGUUCCGCAGGCUACAAUUUAUCCUAAGGAUGGUCUCCCAGUCUCCAGAAAUAAGCGGCGUAAUCAGGCUCACGAGGUCCUUGAAGCCCCGGACUUCAUGGCCAUGAACAGAAGACGCGCCCUGCGCCACCGACGAAGCGUUCCGGUACCGGAAGCCAUCGACAGGCCGCCCGUUCUGAGGAGAUUAAAAUCUGCGGAUGGCAGUCCUGAUGCCAACGGUGACUGCAAUGACGGUGGUAGCAAAAACCCACCGAAGAAGGAACGCAAGACUUAUCCAGCUCCUUCGCUAGGUGUUCAUCAGGAUCAGGAGGUCGCCGUGUCAUCCUUAGUGAACAAACUGCUUCUGGACAUAUACGGACUUCCAGGUGGAGACCGAGGUCGGUCGGAGAGCGAAUCGACGGCUUCGUCACCCAGAUUGCCGCCGCAGCAUCGACAUCUUCAGCGGAAACGACUCUUGGCAAAAAGUACGCUGGAACUGCAAGUUCUUGUCGAGACACUCAGUGACUACGUCAGUCAUGCUGGAGGAUUGCUUAUUCGUCAGCUUCGUCGCCGGGAUCACAAUAUCGCCAAACGCGACAAGCAAUACGACGUCAUAACCGCCCACCUUCAAGCUCUCAGCGAAAAACGAAGUGAAGACACGAAGAUGAGGUUCAGUGUGGCACCCCAGCCGGGGGAAAGUGGGUUCACCCAAUGGCUAGACGCCAUGAAGAUGGUGGCACGACUCCCUGGUGGUAUACCACCAGAGUUCAGAAAGAGAUUGUGGCUGACGCUUUCUGAACGACAUCUUCAACAGCGUGGAGUUGAUUGGCGACAGGCAGAAAAGCUCUGCUUCAACGAGUGGAGCAAUCCAGACGACGAGGAGCUCGGCAUACAGAUCGUCAAGGACCUUCACAGGACAGGCUGCAGUCUGUUCUGUGGCGCAGCAGGACGCGACAAUCAGGCAGUGCUUCGACGAGUCCUUCUUGGAUUUGCACGUUGGAACAAGUCCGUUGGAUACUGCCAGGGACUGAAUGUCCUGGCUGCUCUGGUACUUCAGGUCAUGGACCGUGCGGAGGCAGCUUCGGUCAAGGUCAUGAUUUAUCUGAUCGAAGGGGUUCUACCGGAAGGUUACUUUGCAGAUAACCUUCGAGGACUCUCCGUAGAUAUGGCCGUUUUUCGUGACCUUCUUCGUAUGCGGUUGCCGAAGCUCUCCCGUCAUCUAGAAACAUUGCAGAGUGACGCCAAGGAUAAAGCGACUGGAAGCAGCUACGAGCCACCCUUAACCAAUGUCUUCACGAUGCAGUGGUUCCUCACCCUCUUUUGUCAUUGCUUACCCCAGGAGGCCGUGCUUCGAGUCUGGGAUCUUAUCUUCCUGGAGGGUGACGAAGUCUUGCUGCGAACCGCUCUCGCCAUCUGGGAAGGAUUAGCCGAUCGGAUAAUGACCGUAACUUCGGCCGAUGAAUUCUACAGCAUAAUGGGGGUGCUCACAAGAGAGAUGCUGGAAUUCACGGACACUAACAAUCUCGUAAAGGCGAUCGUGAGCACGGGGCCACUGAUUGGAGUUACUGCCCUUCGCGAGAAGCAUCGGUACAACAUCACACCCUGGGCCCGACGACUUAGCGACGAUGACGAAACCGAGACUGAAGAGGACGAACGGCUCGCCGUCGCUGCCGCCAUGUUCGGGAUGUCGCACAGAGGCAGAAGAGAACGUGAAACUUCAUCGUCAAGCUCGCUGCAGACGGUCGCAGCUAGUAACGAUCGCGAGAGACUUGCAUUGGACAUCAGCACGCUGAAGCAGCAGUACGCGAAGCUGAGGGAACGGCAACGCCAAGCUCACAUAAUACUCUCCGCUGCGUGCGCGAGACAGUCUCUCGUCCCUUCGGCCACUUCUCAGGCGAUGAACCAUUUGCUGGUGGGAAAAAGUGCCUUGGUUAGCGGCAAAGCCCGACAGCUAGGUCCUCUCCAUGGAGCCGUGCCACCCAGGGCGAGACUUGGUCCUCCUCACAGCCCUAAGAACCCAAAUAGAAAGGACAGGCAAGGCGUCACUCUUCAUUGGAAGGACACUAAAAGGCGAAAGGAAAACAAGGACGACACUCCAGGUGAAGGAACGUCUUGUGGCAACGGCGCUGAAUCCACGGGUGAUGGGAUGUCGAUCGUCACAUCAACAUCCCCGCGACUUUCUGCUGGUGCAAAUGGCGACAGUGACAGCGACAGUACGUCGACGGAACUUUGCGACGAACCAGAUCGUCUCAGCGACGUCGACAGCGAGGAGCUCACCUCUAAUUCCGAUUGUUACAUCAUGGCGACCGACGAAGAGAAAAGUCCUCGCAGGGAAGGAAUCGACAAUAAGACCUCAUCCAGCCAUCAUGAUUCUGCGUACGGUCAGCAAAAAGGAACACAGAACUUGAAGCCACCUUCAAACCUCGAGGAGACUUCGAUCUCGGAGAUAACUGACCAGAUCCGCAGGCUGUCAACGUCGACGGAUAAUGAGGGACUGGGAAGCUAUCAGUUCGCCGAUGAAAGGCCGGAUCAAGUCGAACGAGAAUCGUUGGACUCGAUGAAAACUGAUGCUGCACCAGCGUUUGCCGUGGACGUCGAGUCGAUCACUAGUCAGUUAGUUGAGCAAGUGGAAAAACCUUCCGAAAUGUUAGCUAGUUUUGAUUUUUCAAGCACCAUUAGCGGUGGUACAAAUACUGGUGAAAGUAGCUCAGUAUCUGUUGAAAAUGAAACUGAAGUUCAGAUUCGUGACGAAUUUCAGCUGACAGAUGAUAGCUUACUUGCGUUGAAAGUGCUUAAAGGUGAUUCUAGUUCUCUAGUCCUGGAGUCAUCGGAUAAUCCUGAAGUGUUCGAAUUCGAUGAAAAAGUAGCUGCAGAUACUAGUGCGCGAAUAGAUAGGCCCGAUAAGGGGAAGCGCUUUGAUUUCGCUCCUGAGCUUAAAUAUUCAAAUUUUGAUGACGAUCUAGUCGCCGUAGAUUCACAGGCUAGACAUUCUGGAACUGAGGUAGACUUUAGUAGCGACGCUUCGACCGUACAGCUUGCUUCUGCGCCAGGGAUCAUUAGCGAUAAUUUGAACAAAGUAGUUGCCGAUUUAAAGCCUUACUCCAGAUCCUACGUAAUAGGACACGUUCCAAUAUCUCCGAUAAACUUAGAACAGAAGCUUAAUUACUCAGCCGAAUAUCAAUCCUCGACGGCUGCCAUCAAGAUUGUCGAAAGAGAGACGCAAGAGUUUUCAAUGAAAGUAGACGAACCGCAGAAAAAGUCCUCCGGAGUUUUUGUAAAUAUUAGCAGCGUAGAUUUCACCAGAAAUGAUGACUUGGUUCAAACUAAACCGGCAACGAGUCAAGCUGCGGUUGUUUGUGCUCGCUUAGAACCAAGUCAAAGUCCGAAGACACCAAGCAGUGACAAAUCGUUCAGCUCUGGGGAAACCAUGGGUCCAGAUUCGAGAACCUCCAGCUUAACGACCAGUCCUCGAACUCCGGUGAGCUUCGAUUCGCGUGAUUUUCACGCGGAGAAAUCAGCCGCCUCUUCUGUGAGCUCGGAGUCAAAAACACUGACCCUUCGAUCCAUCGGUUCCGACAAUCAGGAUGUUCAGAUGAAAGCAGAGAUGCGAAUUACAUCCUUGGCCAAAUCAAGUUCACCAUCCCUGAUCAGCUUUGAUUCUUUAAAAGGCAAAUCGAGUCUGAGUCCGAAGCUUGAGGCGAGUAGCUCCAGCGACUCGUGCAGCCCGGAUCGAAAAAAGUCUUCCGAAAGAUCGUUUAGCUCGGAUCUUCAAUCGCCGAUCAGUGCCAAUUCAAUAAAAUUCACUUCAAACUGCAAAGGAGGUCGCGGCACCUUCUCCGACUCUCCGAUAAAUCUUUGCUCCGCAACUUCCCCGUUUUACCCAAUCGCACGCCCGAAUGAAAAGACACCAUCACCGUGCAGCAGUGCGAAGCAACAGAACAGCACCACUGAUAGUGAGGAGACUUCACCCGAGCAGAGGUCCACGAGUUCAAAGGGAUCUGGAAAAUUAACCGUUUCCGAAUCGAGGGAGGAUCGUGUCAUUACAAGCGAAGAGGGAAUGGACUUGACCAGCGGUUCAAAGGACGAGUUUCGCCAUAAUUUUGCCAAAGAAAGAUUGCAGAAAACCGAUAUCGAAUCUUCGCUGGUGGACGAUAGAUGCAAAAUGGAAGAAAGAGACACGACGCGUUUCUAUGGGAUGAACUACUCGCAAAGUUAUCAGACCGAGUCGCAGCUGGAAGAAAAUGAGUCGAGGGAUCAAUAUGGGGAUAAGGAUACCGUGUCCCCUUUGCCGCGAGAAAAAUUUGAAAAACUUACAAUUUUCUAUGACAAAAGUAGCAGAAGUUUGUUGGAGAGAAAUAAAGAGAGAACGAACGAGCACGAAGUCGGUAAAGAUUACUCGAAGCCUUUUGAGCGCAGCUCUAGCAGCUUAGACAAAAGAUUUACGGAUUCGAAACUUUCCUCUUCGUCUGAUGAGUUCGGAAGAAACAGCAUGAAGAAACGGUCCAGCGAUAUUUUAGAGGACUUGAGGCAUCUUGAGAUUAAAAGUACAGGCGAUGCGGGAUCGGAGAACGGACUCACCAAAAAGGCGAGCGAUAUUCUGCAGGAUUUGAAGAGUCUAGAGGCUAGGAGGCAAGACACCUUUAGUGAUUCUGCGAGCGGAUUUUCUAAGGUCCGAUUGACUGACCUUGAGAUGAAUAUCCCGACCGUUUCUAGGAAGCAGUACGUGAUCGAACCGAAAAUUCAAAUCCAGGAAGACAGCGACAGCAUUUUAAACACCCUAGCGCGAGUUUCGGAGAAUACAAAGACUGGCGAUGACAAGGAGCCGAAGCUGGGCGUCUGGACGAAAGUUAAGCCGCGUAAGAGAAGUGAUAACGGUCGAAGAAGCAGUGACAGAGCGCUGAAAAUCAUGCAGGAGAACUCGGCGAUUUUGCACAGAAUUUUGACCUGUCAGGCGAAAAAGCGACUGCCCGACCUGGAAGAAAUAUCGAAAGAAAUAACUAUCAGUCCCAUCAACGAAGAGAUAUCAAAAAUAUUUAGUCCAAUUCUUGAGAAAAUCGGCCUUAACGAACACGAAAUUAACGAGGAGUUGGCCAGAAUUAAUUUCAAAGACUUGGACCAGCUCUCGGUGACCAGUGGUUCCGAAUUCGAUGCCAAGAUCAACGACGAGCUCUCAAAACUUUCGCUGAUCGAUGAUACCGAAGAGAUCGACCAUUUGGAUCUGGACGAAGCUUUGUCCAGAGAUUAUCUGGACACGAGAGAGGCUCUGAUCGAUAGGCAGAUAAACGAGGAACUUUCGAAGCUGCUAGCAAACUACGAAGAACGGCCUGCAUCCUCGUCUGGUCUACCGCGUCAGGAGCAAGGCUCUUCUAGCCAAAACAUCAGCGAAAUGGAGGGAUUGGACUUCUCGAGUAUCUCGACGAACGUCUUUUCUCACAAGUCGUCGAACGACUCAAUCGACACCAAGAGCGAGCUCGGCUCGAUUCAAGAGGGCGUAAUAAAACCGGAAAAAUCCUACGAUUACAACGACAAGCCGAUCUCAUAUCCACCACCGAAAUACAACCUUCAGGACAUAUCGCCUAAAAGUGACAUCGACAUUUACCGGGAGUUGGAAAAACUCGACAAGAUAUCAGCCGGGGAAAUAUACCCGAGUAUGCAGCCGGUGUCUGCGCCUGAGGUGAUUUCCACCAACCCUUACGCUUCCGAUCACACGCUGACAUACGGGGAGAGAAUAUCGCCGAUUUCAAGUUACACCUCGAAGGCAGAUAAAUCUUUCGACUUGUCGCCAUUGAGGAGUCCCUACGACAGCUACAAACCGUACGACUUUAAGUCGAGAAUAUCUCCGAGGAAAACGCCGGGCAAUCCGUACUCCGUUCGCUCAUACGAGAAGUCCUCGAUGGACUCGAGUUUUGAAUUCGGUGAUCACAACGUCGCCUCGUCACACAUUUACGAUCUGUCGCCGAAGAGGGCCGUUAUUUCCAAGGAAACGCUCGAGUUUCGGGUGAGAUACGACGACGAGCCACCCCCGAAAAUUCGCAGCGAUGAUUUCACCCUGCGGUCCUUUCAAACGGACAUAGCUAACCUCGACAAAGGCGCUGCCUACUACGAAACGAACACGGUUGACCCCACAAAGUAUCUUCCCCGAAACGAAAGAGGCUCUUCUGAGAAGGAUAUUGGCGAGUCAACGAUCGACUAUACGUACAACAAGUCGGACCUUUGCCCCAGGAAGUACCAGGACAUUUCCUCUCAGGAAUACUCCUACCAUCAAACGUCGGAUUACAACAGAUCAAGUUCCUACAUUUUGCCAUCUUCGAUCCGCGAAGACGAAAUUGGCACUCAUUUGACCGUUCGCAGACGCGAGUCGCACUCCCUGUCACCGAGCCACCAGUUUGCGACACGGAAACUACCCGUUCCGGUCAACCCUUACCUCGCUAAGCUUUCCCCUAGCUUAGAAGACGUCACGAAACGACCAGUUUCCCACCCGGAGUUCCUCGACAAAAUGAACAGCGCCAAGUACGCGGAUCAUUCGAGCCAAGGGUCGCAUAACUACCGGAAAUCUUCUCUGAGCUUGGGGAAUAUCGGGCAUGCUAGCAGAGGCGCCACUCGUAGUCUGGAGAAGACGCCGAGCCCAAAGAUCCAAUUCAGUCCGUUUCCGGUUAGAAACACCGCCAGAAAACCACGGGAGUUAGGGCUGAAGCUGGGCCUGUACUCGCCAGUGAGUCCUGAGGGUGGGCAGGUGAAACGAAUGCAUUGACUUCCAGCCCAGGGCCGAUUUUAUUGAUUUUGAUACUUACUUUUUAACACUGUACUAACCGUUAUUCGAAAAUGUGUCCUUCCAUUUGCGCUACAUAGAUGAUACCUACGUACUGCUGCAAACUAAAGUUUAGCCGAGAA